AUGGAGUGCUUCGCAGCCGGUGAAUCCAACGAAAAAGAAGCCAAGUGCGAGGAGCUAGUCAUUGACAUACCCCAAAUCAAUGAACCUGCAAGGUGGUCUGAGUGUUGCAUCUACAGGGUCCCCAACAAACUUCGGCAAGUAAACAAAGAAGCCUACACUCCUAAGUUAGUUUCAAUCGGCCCAUUUCAUCAUGAUCUAGAAGAAUUGAGGGGAAUGAAAAAGCAUAAACUGAUAUAUGUUGAGGAUUUCUGUUCUCGGACUAGGAAGAGCCAGAAGGAUCUUGCAAGCAUCAUUGCUGAAAAAGAAGAAGAAAUCCGCCAUUACUAUUCAGAGACCUUUGAGCAGCUCGACAGAAAAAAAUUUGUGGAAAUAAUUCUAUUGGAUGCUAUCUUUAUCAUUGAGCUCUUCUUGAAGAAUCAUGAAUGCGAAAAACAUGAACGUGAAAAAUCUGAUUAUAUAUUAAGUAACGCAUGGCUAGAAUCGCACAUAAAGCAGGACUUGAUAUUACUGGAAAAUCAACUUCCCUUUAAGUUUCUCCAAAAGUUACAUCAGUCUGCCUUCAAUGGAGAAGAAGUUACUCCCUUUCUUGAGCUUGCCUGUCAGUUCUUCUUCCCCAAGAAGCAAAUACCCAUGGCCAUGGAGACGGAAGUAAAACAUUUCACUGAUUUGCAGAGAACGUUUUACUCUCCUCCAAACCCAAAACCUUAUUCCAAACCUCUCAUACCUCUAAGAUAUACAGCCACUAAGCUGUACGAGACAGGAUUGGAAUUUGAAGCGUUAGUUGAUACAGAUUCCUCAAAGAUAUCCUUACUUGACAUAGAUUUCGCUAAGGAUAAGUGCUUGGAGCGCCAUCCGUGCUUCAAUCUCUCAUGGCUCUUCUCUUGCUUACCAUGCUUGAAAUCCCUCCGUUGCUCUAAGAGUGUGCAAUGUAUCUUGAAAGUCCCACAACUUGUGAUAAACGACCAAACGGAAGCUCUUUUCCGAAACCUCAUGGCCCUGGAGCAGUGUCAUUAUCCAUCCAACACAUACAUCUGCAAUUAUGUUGUGUUAAUGGAUUAUCUUAUCACCACUAAAGAAGAUGUGUGUUUGCUAGUUGAAAAAAAGGUGAUUGUCAACCGGCGUGGUAGCAGCAAAGCAGUGACUACACUAAUCAACACACUUUGCCAUCAGAUUGUUGAACGUGAAUCCCAUUACAACGAUCUCCAUCAACGGCUCAAUGAGCACUGUGAUAACUCAUGGAACCGUCUCCUAGCAACCUUGACAAGUGUGUAUUUCCGUGAUUUUUGGAGAGGCACAGCAACUUUUGCUGGAUUUUUUGUCCUCGCUAUCACUUUCGGGAACUUCCUUAGGCCUUUUGUCAUAAAGAUUUGAAACAUCUAUGAUUUAGCGUUUCUUGGAUUGGAUCUAAGCUUUGUAAUCCUUUUUAGCUUGUGACAUGCUCUAGUCUUAAUUGGUUUUACCAAACAUUUUCAA